AUGAUUUGGCCUGAAGAAAAUUACCCAGAGAGAGAGUCCAAUCAAGCUAGAAAGAGAAGACUCUUCCCAAAGAUUAUCCCCAAGACAGAUAACUCAGGAAAGUUUGCUGUACCUUGUAUCAUCAAAGGUAACAUUCUUGAGCAAUCUUUGUGUGACACAGGAGCCAAUGUGAACAUCAUGUCUAAGAGGAUAGCAGAAAAGAUAGGUGUAACACCCCCGAAACUAGAUGAACGCCUUCACCCGGGCACUACAGUCCAUCGCGGUACCCGGUUCAUCCUCCCAUCUAUUGGCCUUACUGGCGCACCAUGCCAAUGUCUGGUUGGAUCCCAUAUCGUCAUAUGGUACCAUACUCGGCCAAGGCAGCUGACCAGGUUAUCCUCCGAGUCUUCCUCCCUUCAUGCACAGCCUCCACGCUGCCAAUCCGGUUGGGCUCUGACGUGCGAGAAUGCGCUUGACUACACCUUCCUAAACAACAUGUGGUUAGACACGCCACAUGUUCUCAGUACUUAG